AGUCUACUUGGUGCAUAGUGGCAAAUAUGAAUCACCAUUUCAUCAUCAUCCUCAUCUCUCUCCGCCACACAACUGAUGUGUUAGAAAGAGAAACACAGUGGAAGAAAACCCGAAGUCCGUAUCAUCCUCAUCUCUCACUUCUAUUCCGUCGGAUGAAAUGCCCUCCGACCCUGAAGAAGAAUCUAGUAGGCCCCAAGCUCCGCACCCGGAGGUUUUCAUGGAUUUGGAUCUCGAUCUGGAUGGCUCGUGGCCGUUGGAUCAGAUCUUUGCCGCAGCUUCAGCGAAUCCCGUGCCGCCCUUUUUGCUGUCCAGUUCGGAGCAGCCGUGUUCUCCACUUUGGGCCUUUUCAGAUGAUAAUAAUAACGGGAAUUCCGUAUCAGGCGCUGGUUUCUGUAACCCUGAUAUAGCAGCUGAAAGUGUAUGUGCCAAUGACGACAAGAAAAACCUCCCUUCUCCUUAUGUGGGAACGAUGCCUAUUGGCAAUCCUGAUGGAUCAUGUAUAAUAAAAGAAAGGAUGACUCGGGCUCUUCGGUAUUUCAAGGAUUUGACUGAACAGCAUGUCUUAGCUCAGGUUUGGGCACCUGUGAAAAAUGGUGGCCGAUAUAUGCUCACUACAUCAGGGCAACCGUUUGUUCUUAACCCAAAUAGUAAUGGGCUUCAUCAGUAUAGGCUGGUCUCUCUUAUGUAUAUGUUUUCUGUGGAUGGUGAGAGUGAUGGAGAUCUGGGACUUCCAGGUCGUGUGUUUCGGCAAAAGUUGCCAGAAUGGACACCAAAUGUGCAGUAUUAUUCCAGCAAAGAAUUUCCACGUCUCAACCAUGCCUUGCAUUACAAUGUUCGAGGAACUUUAGCUUUGCCUGUAUUUGAGCCUUCGGGGCAGUCAUGCGUUGGUGUGCUUGAGCUGAUAAUGACAUCCCAGAAAAUAAAUUAUGCCCCAGAGGUUGAUAAAGUCUGCAAGGCGCUUGAGGCAGUGAACUUGAAGAGUUCAGAGAUCUUGGAUCACCAAAGUACGCUGAUAUGCAAUGAGGGCCGCCAGAACGCGUUGGCGGAGAUCCUGGAGAUAAUCACGUUGGUCUGCGAGACACACACAUUGCCGCUUGCCCAGACAUGGGUCCCUUGCUGUCACCGCACCAUCCUAGCAAAUGGCGGUGGCUUCCGGAAAGCCUGCAGUAGCUUUGAUGGGAGCUGCAUGGGCGGAGUCUGCAUGUCAACAACUGAUUUGGCCUCGUAUGUGGUGGACCCUCGCAUAUGGGGCUUCCGCGAUGCGUGCUCCGAGCACCAUCUACGGCGUGGCCAGGGUGUGGCUGGCAGGGCCUUCGCAUCCCGCGCCUCUUGCUUCUGCCCGGACAUCACCAGCUUCUGCAAGACCGAGUACCCGCUCGUUCACUACGCCCGCAUGUUUGGCCUCAGAAGCAGCUUCGCCAUCUGCCUGCGCAGCAGCCACACUGCUGACGAUGACUAUGUCCUCGAAUUCUUUUUACCUCCAGACAUUGUCAGCUGUGGGGACCAGCGUGCCCUUCUCGACUCGCUUCUGGCCACUGUGAAGCAGCAGCAUAUGGGGAGCCUGAGGGUGGCUUCGGGGAGGGACCAUGACCAGGAGUUGGGGUCUGUCGAGAUUGUCGAGGCUUCUGCUGCUGAUGAGAAGCUGAGUUUCAGUCCUGUAUUUCCGGCAUUGCCCGGUUUCAUUCUGAAUGGGAAAGGUCCACAGGUCGAUGGUUCAGAAGUGCAGGUGGCAGUGGGCAAAUCUGAUCCUGCAAAUGUUGAGGGAGAUGCUAAUGGACUCGUUCGAGUGCCAAAUGCUUCGAAUGUUGCUCGACUGAAGGAUACAGGCAAGAAACCUAAGAGGAAGCGAGGGAAGGCGGAGAAAAUGAUUAGCUUAGACGUUCUACAGCAGUAUUUCGCAGGUAGCCUCAAGGAUGCUGCAAAAAUGCUUGGCGUUUGUCCUACUACUAUGAAACGCAUCUGUAGACAGCACGGGAUUUCUCGCUGGCCGUCGCGCAAGAUAAACAAGGUUAAUCGUUCUCUUACGAAGAUUAAGCGUGUAAUUGAAUCUGUACAAGGUGGUGAAGGAGGAACGUUCAGUUGGUCUUCGUUGGGCACGAGUCCUAUUCCUGUCAAUGUUGGUCCCCUUUCUUGGACAGCACCCAAAUUGAAUGGAUUGAACCAACAAAACUCACCGACCUCCGGCCAAUCUGAAUUUCAGGAAGACAAGAAAAACUUUCUAGUGACUGUGACCCCCGGAGAAGAGAAACAUGCAGAGCCGGGUCUGAAUGCAAGACAUGAAAACCUAAAUUCUCAGUGUGAUGGAUUUUUCCCGUGCAGAGACUCAAACAGAUCCAGAACUGGGAGCGGCUCAAGAGAAGAGAGCACAGGGACCGCUACUUCCCAAGACUCAUGCCAAGGUAGCCCUUGCCCUGGAAACGAAACUGAAAUCUCCCCUUUAAAUGAUCAACCCUGCAUGAAUGCGAGAGGCCCGCACAAGAUGGUGUGCCUGCAAACUGAAGAUAUUAAUCUGCCCGUGACAUUCUCAAUUCCUGAUAAUUUAUUUGGAGCAGCCAAGGAGCCAUUUUGCGAAAUUGUUGUAGAGGAUGCAGUAAGUUCACAUGACCUUAGAAAAGUAUGUCCAGCUGGAGAAUCCCUAUUCGAUGAGCAUGUCGUCGAGUACAGUUGGAUGAAGGCACUCUGUCCCGAUGCCGUAAUGCCCAAAGAUUGCCUGGCCACUCGACUUGAUCAUACGCCGCAGUUUGAAGCUAGGCCGGAGGUGAAAACGAUCACUAUAAAGGCCACAUACAGAGAUGACAUAAUCAGGUUUCGAGUUCCUAUGGAGUCUGGUAUCCAUAGGUUGAAGGAGGAAGUGAGCAAGAGGUUGAAGCUGGAGAUGGGCACUUUUGAUAUCAAGUAUGUUGAUGAUGAUCAUGAGUGGGUCUUGAUAUCUUGUUAUGCCGACUUGCAGGAGUGUAUUGAUGCGUCAAUAUUUUCUGGAAGCAAUAUAAUCAGGCUGCUAGUGCACGACUGUUCGGUCAAUCGUGGGAGUUCGUGUGAGAGUUCAGGGUAACGAUAUGCGAACAAAUCUGUUAAGCGUUCCUGCUUGCUAGUAUAAUUAAGUGGAAGUGUAUUUUUAUUUAAUUAUUUUUUUUCCUAAUUUAUUUGGGUAUUUCUUUAAUUCUUCAGUCUUUUAGUGAACUUGUUCUGUUUUGUGGAGAACAAAUCUUUCUCCGCCUGUAGGUAAAUUGUAUAAAAUCCUUAAUUCUUCCAAGUGUACAUGUUUUAGAGGACUGGAACUUGGGGCUGUCUUGGCUGUCUCAUUUCUCGAAGUUGAACUUUGCUAUUUUUCCAUGUAGAUAUUGUCUUGAUAUAGUACCAAGAAAGUUUGGCGGACCGGCUUGAGCAGGUAGCUUGAGUCAGGUUGGUCCAAAAGAGCUCUAACUUGAUGAUACAAGUGUUGGAGUAUACUGUAAAGUUUACCUUGAGUCAGGUUGGUCCAAAAGAGCUCUAACUUGAUGGUACAAGUGUUGGAGUAUACUGUAAAGUCUCGUUUUUUUUGUUAAUCUACAAUUCUAUUUGAAUGAGAUGUGUGUU